CGCGGAGCGGGGCGGCACGGCGGCAGCGGGAGGCGCGGGAGCCGCGCGCUCCGGCACCGAGGCUCGGCCGGGCCGCAGCCCAGGGAGCCCCGGUAGCCCGGGGAGCAGGACGGGGUUUGGAGCUCGUCAGGGCGCUCGGCGGCCAUGGCCGGGAACAGCCUGGUGCUGCCCAUCGUGCUGUGGGGCCGGCGCGCCCCGACCCACUGCGUGUCCUCCCUGCUGCUCGUGGAUGGCUCCGUCAUCGUCACCGGCUGCCACGACGGGCAGAUCUGCCUCUGGGACCUGGGUCCCGACCUGCAGAUCAAUCCCAGAGCUCUGCUCUUUGGUCAUACAGCCUCAGUUACUUGUUUGUCCAAGGCCUCAGCUUCCAGUGAAAAGCAAUAUAUAGUGAGUGCAUCAGAGAGUGGGGAGAUGUGCCUGUGGGAUGUGAACGACGGGCGCUGCAUCGAGUUCACCAAGCUGGCGUGUGCACACACGGGCAUCCAGUUCUAUCAGUUCACGGUCGGCACGCAGCGGGAAGGGCGGCUCCUGUGCCACGGGCAUUAUCCUGAAAUCCUGGUGGUGGAUGCAACCAGCCUGGAGGUGCUUUACUCGCUGAUAUCCAAGAUCUCUCCCGACUGGAUCAGCUCCAUGGCCAUCAUCCGCUCCAACAGGACGCAAGAGGACACUGUGGUGGCUGUGUCCGUGACUGGCAUCCUGAAGGUCUGGAUCAUCACCUCGGAAGUCAGUCGCAUGCAGGACACCACGCCGGUGUUUGAGGAGGAGUCCAAGCCCAUCUACUGCGAGAACUGCCAGAGCAUUUCCUUCUGCACCUUCACGCAGCGCUCGCUCCUGCUCGUGUGCUCCAAGUACUGGAGGGUCUUUGAUGCUGGAGAUUAUUCCCUCUUAUGUUCAGUGCCCAGUGAGAAUGAGCAGACCUGGACUGGUGGGGACUUUGUGGCAGCUGAUAAAGUGAUUGUGUGGACAGAGGAUGGACAAAGUUUCAUCUAUAAGUUACCAGCCAGCUGCCUCCCAGCCAGUGACUCGUUCCGCAGGGACGUGGGGAAGGCAGUGGAGAACUUGAUUCCUCCUUUGCUGUACAGCGUGCUGGACAGAGCAGAGAAGCAGCUCCUGAUUUGUCCUCCAGUGACUCGCUUCUUCUGCGGCCAGAGGGAGUUUCCCUACAGGCUGUUGAUCCAAGGGGACUCCUCGGGGAGGCUGUGCAUCUGGAGCGUGCCCGACGCCCUGGAGCAGCAGGAGGGUGCAAAAGGCCUGCAGACAGCCACGUCCAGGUCCCUGCAGGAGGCCUUUGACCAGCUGAGCCCACGGCCCGCGGGCAUCAUCGACCAGCUGAGCAUGGUGGCCAACGCCAGCGAGCCGCUGCGCGUCACCGCCAGCGUCUACAUGCCGGCCCACGGGCGGCUGGCCUGCGGCCGCGAGGACGGCAGCAUCGUCAUCGUGCCGGCCACGCAGACUGCCAUCGUGCAGCUGCUGCAGGGGGAGCACCAAGGGGCACGAGGCUGGCCCCCGCACCGGACGCUGCGAGGCCACCGGAACAAGGUGACGUGCUUGCUGUACCCUCACCAGGUGUCCUCCCGCUACGACCAGAGGUACCUCAUCUCAGGGGGGGUGGAUUUCUCCGUCAUCAUCUGGGAUAUCUUCUCGGGAGAGAUGAAACACAUCUUCUGUGUGCACGGCGGAGAGAUCACCCAGCUGCUGGUUCCACCAGAAAACUGCAGUGCCAGAGUCCAGCACUGCGUUUGCUCUGUUGCCAGCGAUCACUCCGUGGGUCUGCUGAGCCUCAGGGAGAAGAAGUGCAUCAUGCUGGCCUCCCGGCACCUCUUCCCAAUCCAGGUGAUCAAGUGGAGGCCGUCCGAUGACUACCUGGUGGUGGGCUGCUCCGACGGCUCCGUGUACGUCUGGCAGAUGGACACCGGCGCCCUGGACCGCUGCGUGAUGGGCAUCACGGCCGUGGAGAUCCUCAGCGCGUGCGACGAGGCCGUGCCGGCCGCCGUGGACGCGCUCAGCCACCCCGCCGUCAACCUGAAGCAGGCCAUGACGCGCCGCAGCCUGGCCGCCCUCAAGAACGUGGCCCACCAGAAGCUGCAGACGCUGGCCACCAACCUGCUGGCCUCCGAGGCCUCGGACAAGGGCAACUUACCGAAAUACUCCCACAACUCGCUGACGGUCCAGGCCAUCAAGACGAACCUGACGGACCCCGACAUCCACGUGCUGUUCUUCGACGUGGAGGCGCUGAUCAUCCAGCUGCUGACGGAGGAGGCGGCGCGGCCCAGCGCGGCGCCCGCGUCCCCGGAGAGCGCGCGCCGCGCGCCCGGCGCCGCCGACCGCGCCGGCUCCUUCCUGGCCGGCAAGCGCGCCGCCGUGCUCUUCCAGCAGGUCAAGGAGACCAUCAAGGAGAACAUCAAGGAGCACCUCCUGGACGAUGAGGACGAGGAUGAGGAGGCCUCGAGGCACAGGAGGGAGGACGGCGACCCGGAGUAUCGCUCCAGCAAGUCCAAGCCGCUGACGCUGCUGGAGUACAACCUGACCAUGGACACGGCCAAGCUCUUCAUGUCGUGCCUGCACGCCUGGGGCCUGAACGCGGUGCUGGACGAGCUGUGCCUGGAGCGCCUGGGCAUGCUGAAGCCGCACUGCUCCGUGUCCUUCGGGCUCCUGUCGCGCGGCGCCCACAUGUCCCUGAUGCUGCCCGGCUACAACCAGCCCGUGGGCCUGGGCGGGAAGGUGCCAGUGGCAGAGGGGCUGGGGAAGGGCACCUACGGCGUGUCACGGGCCGUCACCACGCAGCACCUGCUGUCCGUCAUCUCGCUGGCCAACACGCUGAUGAGCAUGACCAACGCCACCUUCAUCGGGGAGCACAUGAAGAAAGGGCCCAGCAGGCCGCCCAGGCCGGGCACGCCCGAGAUGGCCAAGGUGAAGCCUCCCCCUGCCGUGUCCAGCCAUGCAGCACAGGGGCAGAUCAAACAAGUUGCUGCUGCUUCCAGCACGGAAUCUGGGCACUCUGACACUUCUGCUUUCCAUUCCUGUUUCUUAGUCAACGAAGGCUGGAGCCAGCUGGCUGCCAUGCACUGCGUGAUGCUGCCCGACCUGCUGGGGCUGGAGAAGUUCCGGCCGCCGCUGCUGGAGAUGCUGGCGCGCCGGUGGCAGGACCGCUGCCUGGAGGUGCGCGAGGCGGCGCAGGCGCUGCUGCUGGCGGAGCUGCGCAGGAUCGAGCAGGCGGGCCGCAAGGAGACCAUCGACACCUGGGCCCCCUACCUGCCCCAGUGCAUGGACAGCGUCAUCUCCCCUGGGGUGACCACAGAAGGCCUGCAGAGUGCCAGUGCCACCCCGGAGCCCUCGGCAGCAGAAGCCAAAGUGCAGGAGGAGGAGCCCGACCUGGUGGACGAUGACAUCGCAGCAGGCUGCCUGGCGGGGCUGGCCCAGCCCAAGAAGGUGUCCACGUCCUACGAGGAGCGGCGCAAGCAGGCCACGGCCAUCGUGCUGCUGGGCGUCAUCGGCGCCGAGUUCGGCGCCGAGAUCGAGCCGCCCAAGCUGCUGACGCGGCCGCGCAGCUCCAGCCAGAUCCCCGAGGGCUUCGGCCUCACCAGCGCCGGCUCCAACUACUCCCUGGCCAGGCACACGUGCAAGGCGCUGACGUUCCUGCUGCUGCAGCCGCCCAGCGCGCGGCUGCCGGCGCACAGCACCGUGCGCCGCACCGCCAUCGACCUCAUCGGCCGCGGCUUCACCGUCUGGGAGCCCUACAUGGACGUGUCGGCCGUGCUCAUGGGGCUGCUGGAGCUCUGCGCCGACGCCGAGAAGCAGCUGGCCAACAUCACAAUGGGGCUGCCCCUGAGCCCGGCGGCCGACUCGGCGCGCUCGGCUCGCCACGCGCUGUCGCUCAUCGCCACGGCCCGCCCGCCCGCCUUCAUCACCACCAUCGCCAAGGAGGUGCACAGGCACACGGCGCUGGCGGCCAACACGCAGUCGCAGCAGAACAUCCACACCAGCACGCUGGCCCGCGCCAAGGGCGAGAUCCUGCGCGUCAUCGAGAUCCUCAUCGACAAGAUGCCCGCCGACGUGGUGGACCUGCUGGUGGAGGUGAUGGACAUCAUCAUGUACUGCCUGGAAGGAUCUUUGGUUAAGAAAAAGGGUCUUCAGGAAUGUUUUCCAGCCAUCUGCAGGUUCUACAUGGUGAGCUACUACGAGCGCAGCCACCGCGUCGCCGUGGGCGCGCGCCACGGCUCCGUGGCCCUCUACGACAUCCGCACGGGCAAGUGCCAGACCAUCCACGGCCACAAGGGACCCAUCACGGCCGUGGCCUUCGCCCCCGACGGCCGCUACCUGGCCACCUACUCCAACUCGGACAGCCACCUGUGCUUCUGGCAGAUGAACACCUCCCUGCUGGGCAGCAUCGGCAUGCUCAACUCGGCCCCGCAGCUGCGCUGCGUCAAGACCUUCCAGGUGCCGCCGGUGCAGCCGGCCUCGCCGGGCUCGCACACCGCGCUGCGCCUGGCGCGCCUCAUCUGGACCUCCAACCGCAACAUCAUCCUCAUGGCCCACGACGGCAAGGAGCACCGCUUCAUGGUCUAGGGACAGCGUCCUCCUGGCCACGAGGGCAAGGAGCACCGCUUCAUGGUCUAGGGACAGCGUCCUCCUGGCCACGACGGCAAGGAGCACCGCUUCAUGGUCUAGGGACAGCGUCCUCCUGGCCACGAGGGCAAGGAGCACCGCUUCAUGGUCUGUCCCUGCACCCCUUCAUGGCCAUGGCACAGCCAGGGUCUGGCCCUGCACCCCUUCAUGGCCAUGGCACAGCCAGGGUCUGGCCCUGCAGCUCCCCAGGGUCCCCUGCAUGGCACCCACCCCGAUCCCUCGGCAGUGGCAGUGUUUACCAAAAAGGCUUUUACCAAACAGUGUUUACAUGGUGACCACUUGGGGAUGGGGUCUGGGGCCUGUGCUGAGCUGCUGUCUGAAGGGGUUGGAUGUGCUGCCGUGGCCAGGCCGGAAGGAAAAAUAAUCCACAUGUAAAUAAAUAAUUUAAAAAUGCUGUUAAAUGGCAGGCUUGGGGGGAAAAAAAAAAGUAUUUAUGUAGAAAGGUGGUUUUUGCCACCGGUGCAGGUAUUUAUUUAAAUAAAGGACAAAGGGGGCCAUUUUGAAUGGAGAAAGGAUCAAAAUUAUGGAAAAAAAUGAAUUGUUGACUGGAUGUACUGAAAUAUUUCCUUCAGUAGGAAUAUUCCUGUGUGACACUCGCUGUGACUGUGUUUCCUUCUUACAUAUCUGAUUUUGUGGAAUAUUUUGUGUGAAAUUGUCUGGUUUCUGCUCAUGGGAAAGAGAGAAAAUCUCUCCAAUCCUUUUAUUUCAGUAUCUCUGUUUGUGCAGCUUUUCCUUGGCCGCAGAGCUCGGACCUGAGGCUGGCACUGCCUGCUAAGCUAAAAAUGGUACUUGUUCCCCAAAUGAAGGGAUUCAUUUCUCACCUGGCUCCAAAAGAGACAUGAAAAGUCUUUUACUGUGCUUGGGGUUAUCUGUGUGGUGCCCGGGUGGGGUUUGCAGCCCGGGAGCUCUGUGUCUGUGUGCUGUGCCAGGGCUGCUGCCCGUGCCACCCUGCUGCUGCCAGCUCCCCGUGUCCUGGGGGUGCCCUGGGUGACAGGGGACAGGGAGUCACCCUGUGGUGUUCCAGUGUCUGCCUCUCCACACAGCUGCUGCCCCCUCUGUGGGUUCAAACUCCCGGUGUAAAUAUGCUCGUGGAAUAAACCUGGGCUGAAACGCG